GCAGGGAAUGACCCCCAUGCCCCACCACCACCCAGGCAUGAGCCCCAGAGGGAUGGGCCCCAGCCCUGGUGGCCCCUACAGCCAGCAGCCAGGGGCCACCAGCUCUGGGAGGAUGACCCCACAGGGACCCCACCCCCUCUAUAACGCACCAUCAGGUACCUACCUACUCUGCACUCUCUGUCCAUGUCUAUCAAACAGUCACAAGCCCUAGUAUAACAGUGAACAAGAGGCUGAACUCUUUCCCCCCUCCCUCCACAGAGCCCAUGCAUAUGGGAGGAGAGGGCAUGGUGGGUCCCACUGACCCCAAACAGAGACCACCAGAGCAACACAGGGAGAGCAACACUGCUGGUCCUGCCGCCGAGCCACCACCUAAACCCAAGGUAUGAGCGACAGCUCUAACAGACUCUCCCCCCCCCCCCCGGCCAGUACCGCUCAAAGCAUGUCCUAAUAACGCAUGUUGAUGGAAGAGGAAUCUGAAUGUGGCAAAGCUCAGCAAACGCAGCAUCUAACGAGGCAGCAGACAAAAAGGAAUACAGAGAAUUUAGAAAAACAUCCUCUGUUUGGCGUCAUGGUGAGGAUUUUCUAAAGGAAGACGUCGCUUUCUCUAUCUCUAUUUACCAUAGCAUCCUCUGUAACUACUGGGAGUGAGGGUUCCAAUAUAAAUGCUCCUUUAUAGCAGUGCUAUUUUAUAGUAAGUUCUUCACAAUUAUUACCCCACUCAUGUCUGUCUGUCUUUUUACUGAUUUGGAUGUGUGAUAGACACAGAAAGGCCCGCUAAAAUAACCCCUCUCCCAUCGACUGCAAAGAACUUGUUACUGUUCACUAUGCUCUCUCAUUAACUCCUAUUUCUCUCGUCAGAGCUUCGGUUCGUUUUUUUUUGUAUUUUUCUCGUUUUGUUUCCCUCCCUCCCUCCCUCGUGUUUCAAGUUCCCCCUCGCUUGGUUUGGUUCUGCACGCCUCUGUAUUGUUGGUUCCAGACUGAGUGAACAACCUUUCUCCCUCUGCGUUCAUUUGCGUCUCUUCACCUCAUUACCGGCUCGUGAGAAAAGCCUCUUGAUCACAAACUGAAGAUGUCUGUCAGCCCAACUGAUCUGAGAGGAACUACUAUUAUAUCGGCUCUCUCUGUCUACUUAAUGAUCACUCCUCAUAUAUUUGGCUGCUUUGUGCAUUUCUGCCGUCAUGGCAACAGCAGUAGCUAGCAUGGCUUCAUGCUUCCACUUGUGACAACAUGAGUACUAGUAUUAAUGGCUGUGGCCUUUGCUGCUGAACCUCUUCCCAUUCGCCUGUUUGGCUGCCUGCCCUAGAAUGCCGUUGCUCAAUCCGUCUGUAUGGCUCCUCUCGCCGUGUAGUUUCCACUGUGUGCUUUUCCAAUCAUGUGUUGAAUGUUUUGAAGCCAGUCAAACCUGCCUGAAAGACUCCAGGGGAGCUCUGAACAGAGCCAUACGAAGUGUGUGUGACUAGGAGUGGGUCAUCAGGGAGACAUUAGCUGCAGAGAUCUUAGUCCUAGGAUGUAUUUGAGGACAGGUUUUGCUGUUUGUAUGCUUUCUGCAUGUGUGUGUGACUGUUUUUGAGAAAGCGAGAGAGAGAGAGAGAGAGAGAGAGAGACAGAAAAGGUUAAAGUCAGACUGAAAUCUCUUAACUCCUGCCAUCUCUCAUCACGUGGCCCUGUUGUGUGUGAAUGUGUACGUACGUGUGUUUUCUUUUUGUCCUAUCUAUUCCCCGUCACAGGACAGCUCCUCUCAGUGUAUGUCCCAGCCCCACACCCCCUGUCCCCUGUCCCCCAGCCCUGCUAGUCUGUCCUCUUGUCACGGGGUAGAGGACAUCAGCGAUAGCAUUAGCCGCCACCCCGCUGUUGCUGUGGCCUGGCCAAAGACGCCCACCAGCCCUGUAAGUGCCACAAGCACUUGUUUUUCGCUUUUGUUACUUUUUUUAUUUGUUGGAUUGGUUAUGUAUUUAGCUUUUUGUUUCGUUUUUUACAGCUUGUUGUUUUUUAAUAUCUGAAAUGUGAUUGUGGUGAUGUUGUUGGAUGACGUUUAUGACCGAGACGUUCUAACACUAUUUUCUCCUAUCUCUCUCCCAUACGGUGCUGGUAACCUGGCAGUCCUGCUGCACCACAAUGUCUCAAAUGCUUCUCUGUUUGUAUUGGUUGUUAUUGAUGACUGAGUGUGUUAAAGGGAUACUUCGGGGCCCUUUAUCUACUUCCCCAGAGUCAGAUGAACUCAUGGAUACCAUUUUUAUGUCUCUGUGUCCAGUAUGAAGGAAGUUAGAGGUAGUUUUGCGAGCCAAUGCUAACUUGCGUUAGCGCAAUGACUGGAUGUCUAUGGUAUCUACUAGCAUGUUAUCAGUUACAUCGACUUUGUCAUUGCGCUAACACUAUACUGAACAAAAAUAUAAACGCAAUAUUCAAUAAUUUCUACGAUUUUACUGAGUUACAGUUCAUAUGAGGAAAUCAGUCAAUUGAAAUAAAUGUAUUUAGGCCCUAAUCUAUGGAUUUCACGACUGGGAAUACAGAUAUGCAUCUGUUGGUCACAGAUAUCCCAAAGAAAAUGGGCCUCGCAAAUGUUAGUUGUCCGUAGCUUAUGCCUGCCCAUACCAUAACCCAACCGCCACCAUGGGGCACUCUGUUCACAAUGUUGACGUCAGCAAACCGCUCGCUCACACGAUGCCAUUCACGUGGUCUGCAGUUGUGAGGCCUUUUGGACGUACUGCUAAGUUCUCUAAAAUGACAGGAAGCUUAUGGUAGAGAAAUUAACAUUACAUUCUCUGGCAACAGCUCUGGUGGACAUUCCUGCAGUCAGCAUGCCAAUUGCAGGCUCUCUCAAAACUUGAGACAUUUGUGGCAUUGUGUUGUGUGACAAAACUGCACAUUGUAGAGUGGUCUUUUAUUGUCUCCAGCACAAGGGGCACAGGUGUAAUGAUCAUGCUGUUUAAUCAGCUUCUUGAUAUGCCACAACUGUCAGGUGGAUGGAUUAUCUUGGCAAAGGAGAAAUGCUCACUAACAGGGAUGUAAACAAAUUUGUGCAGAACAUUUGAGAGACAUUAGCUUUUUGUGCGUUCUGGGAUCUUUUAUUUCAUGGGACCAACAUUUACAUGUGUUUUAUAUUUUUGUUUAGUGUUGUUAGCAAUUGUGCUAAAUCUAGUUAGCAAAUUCCUUCAAACCGCACAUAAAAGAGACAAAUUCAUGGAUACCAUUUUUAUAUCUGACUCUAGGGAAGUAGAUUCAGGGCUUCAUUGCCAAAAUCCUGAAUUAUCAGUUUAAUGAGAAAGUCCUCCAAUCCUGUGAGUGUACCUGUAUCACAUGGUACUCUGUGUCUGUAGACAGCAGUGGGACCUACCUGACUGUAUAGCUGCCAUUAAACUGGGCUUGAAUGCAACAAGUCAUAUAAUAAUCUACAGUUGGAUGUUGAACAUGUUUUUGUCUACAUGACCGUACUCAUGACCGUGCUCAUGACCGUACUCAUGACCGUACUCAUGACCGUGCUCAUGACCGUACUCAUGACCGUGCUCCAUAAGCAAUGACAACAGUAGUUGCCCUGACUGACCCCUCCCCCUCUACUCUAUGCCCUGCCCCUUUAGAAGCCCAGCCCGGCCACCAUGACCAAUGAGAAGAUCCGCAUCCUGUACGAGAUGGGCGGAGAGCCCGAGAGGCGGGUGUGGGUGGACCGUUACCUGGCCUUCAUGGAGGAGAGGGGCACGCCCGUACCCAUGCUGCCUGCCGUGGGCAGGAAGCCCCUGGAUCUGUGCCGCCUCUACCUGUGUGUUCGAGAGAUAGGAGGCCUGGCCAUGGUGAGUCUCAGUGGGACCUGUGUGACGGAGUCUGGUGUAGGGGUCAAAGCUCCCACCUCUGCAACACAUUUUGUUUUAAAAGAACUACUUUGACAGCUGGCUAUUUCCCUCAUUUGAAAUCCAGGCCUAUCCUCUAACAAAAUAACGAAGGUAAAAUGUAGACCCUGGUGUGCUGCCUGGUCCAAUCCCGGUGUCCGUCUUCUUAAUCUAACUCCACUACGGCCCUUGCUGUCUACCCAGUCCCAGUGCUACCCCAUCAUAUACGGUUUCAUACCCAGCUCUGGUUGCUCAGGAGUCUCCUGUCGGCCAUAUCUCCCCCUGCAGGUGAACAAGAGCAAGAAGUGGAGAGAGCUGUCCACCCACCUCAACGUGGGCACGUCCAGCAGCUCCGCCAGCUCUCUGAAGAAGCAGUACAUCCAGUACCUCUUUGCCUACGAGUGCAGGGUGGAGCGGGGAGAGGAGCCGCCGCUGGAGAUCCCGGGGGAAACCAAGAAACAGGCCCAGGCUAAGAUCCAGCCGCCCUCA